GUAAAAAUGUCGACAUUCGACCUGACUCAGCGCAUGGCGCCUUUUCUCGAUCUUCAUUUGAUCAUUCCGCUCUUGGAGUUCAUCGAACCACGAGGAAUUUACGAUGAGAAAUCCCUGACCGAAAUGCACCGCCAGCUUUUGACCAAGACCAAUAUGAUUGAUAGUGUUAUAGAGACCUACAAUGGAAAACCUAUUCCGGCUGCAAUUGAGGCUAAGAAGAAGCAAAUUAUCAAGGAGAGAGAUGAGCUGAAAAGCAAGGUGGACUCCGUUGUUGCCAUUUUGGAAAUACCGGAAGUCAAGGAAAUGAUGGAUAACAACAGAGAAAGAGAUGGAAAUGUCCGUAUUUUGGAGCAUCUCACUCAAAACCACAAUUUCACAGUAGACAUGGUCGAUACCCUCUUCAAGUACAGCAAGUUCAUGUACGAAUGCGGAAAUUACACCGUCGCAUCCGUGUGCCUUUACUACUACCGCAACCUUGUCAAUCAAGCGGAUCCAAACUAUUUGAACGCUCUUUACGGAAAGUUGGCCAGUGAAAUUCUGCUCCAAGAAUGGGAACAUGCUCGUGACGAUUUGCUGAAACUUCGUGCUUACAUCGAUGCUAAUCCAUUCGACACGGAAUGGGAACUUGUUACGCAACGUGCGUGGCUUAUGCACUGGGCACUUUUCGUCUACUACAAUUAUCCAAAAGGGCGUGAUGAGAUUAUCGAAAUGUUCUUGAACCAGCAACCUUAUUUGAAUGCAAUCCAAGUUUUGGCGCCACAUUUGCUCCGCUAUCUGGCUGUUGCCGUUGUUACCAGCAAAAGCCGCCAGAAGAACAGCUUGAAAGAUUUGGUGAAGGUCAUUGACAUCGAACGCCAUAGUUACAAGGAUCCCGUCACUGAUUUCCUCACCUGUCUCUACAUCAAAUAUGAUUUCGACGAGGCUCAAGAGAUGCUUCAAAAGUGCGAAGAGGUUCUCUCCAAUGAUUUCUUCCUGACUGCUGUCCUUGGAGAUUUCCGCGAGUCUGCACGCCUUCUCAUUUUCGAGAUGUUCUGCCGCAUUCAUCAGUGCAUUACCAUAGAAAUGCUAGCACGACGAUUGAAUAUGAGCCAAGAGGAAGCUGAACGCUGGAUUGUUGACUUGAUCAGAACGUAUCGUAUCGAAGGAGCUAAAAUUGACAGCAAGUUGGGACAAGUGGUGAUGGGUGUCAAAUCCGUCAGCAUCCACGAGCAAGUCAUGGAAAACACGAAGAGAUUGACCCUCCGCGCUCAACAAAUCGCCCUUCAAUUGGAAAAAGGUCGUCAAGACAAAGUCAAGGCGACUUAGGCUUUACAAGUUCUUCCGGUUUUGAAUGUUUUUUCCUUUUUCUUCAUCUGAUGCUGUUCUGAAAAUUGAGAUGUGGCAAACACGGAGAUUAAGACUGUCAUCUCUCAGUUUUCAGUAUUAUUUUUCUUUCUUAUUUGUUCAGCUCCUCGGUUUUUUACGAGGACUACUCGAAUUCUGUCUUUUCUAAACUUUCCUUAUAUCCCUGUUGUUUCUUUUUGUUGUCUCUGACCCUUCUUUCGUUAGUGCAGGGGCUGGAGGUUCGGUUCUAAUUGGUUAAAAUAAUAUAUUUUCUCUUUUAUCAUGGUUUGAUUAUUGUUAGAAUCUAGGUUUAUGAAACCUUUCA